UAUCAGCUGAGCGAGUGUGGAAAGAGGGUGGACGUCAGAUUGGUAUUGUUUUUUGAUAUUUUGACACACUCACUAUCAUGAACGCGGAUGAUAUUGUGUAUUUGUCUUUACUUCUGGCAUCCAUUGCCUUUGGCCAGUUGUACAGACAGCUAAAAUGCCAAGAAGCGAGAAAAUGGGUGGGCACCAUCGUGGGCUUGGGUCUUAUCGUGAUUGUCUCCGGAAUCCAUAUUCUCCAUCCUCUUUUCCUGACGGGGACAAAUAUCCUAAUUCUCUUUUGUACCAAGAAAAGCGUGUGCCAUUUUGUGAGCUUCGGCUGGAGUUUCAUGUACCUCCUGUUUUUCCGUGUGUGUCACUACAUGGGUCUAGAGAUGCCACCUGCACACACUAAUGCUGUCCAGAUGAUGAUCACACUCAAGCUUGUUGGUAUUUGCUUUGAAGUUCAUGACACCUGGAAGAAACGUGGACAGCUGAAGAAGUCGGAAAGUGAAGAAGAUAAGAAGAAUCUUGUAAUCCAACUCAAAUAUGAGGAGGUUGACCCAUCACCCAUGGAUGUCUUCCAUUAUGCAUUUAACUAUGUUGGUGUUUUGACAGGCCCAUACUACAAGUACCGGGUAUAUUCUGACAUGCUGAAGGGAACAGCAAUUGAUGGUGGUGUUGACUGUUUUAAGUCCAUGCUGCAGAGAAUAUGGGUUGUACCACUGUAUGCUGUGGCUUUCCUUUUGACUGCACACUAUUUCCCCCUUUCGUUUGCGGAGGGGAAAGAGAUCUUCCGAGACUAUAGUUUUAUGUAUCGUGUGUGGUACAUGACACCUGUCUUCUUCAACUUCCGGAUGCGCAUCUAUUCGGGCUUUGUACUCUCAGAGUGUGUUUGCAUCAUGGCAGGUCUUGGGGCAUAUCCAGUCUCCUCAGAACCAAAGCCAGGUCGAGGGCCCAGCAAGUAUGAAGCACUCGAAUCCAGUGAUGAGAAGGAGACAGUUCCAAAGGAGUAUAACUUCGAAACCGUUCACAACAUAGAUGAGUUUGGAGCAGAUUUCACCCCAACUGUAAGGGCAGGAAUGCGUUGCUGGAACAUGACUGUUCAGUAUUGGCUGGCUACCAAUGUUUACAAGCGAGUCACGAUGGCACGACCAAUCAAAGAGGCCUUGACCAUGUUUACAUCAGCAUACUGGCAUGGAGUUCAUUCAGGCUACUAUCUGUCGAUGCUGACUGUACCAUUCAUCCUAGCAGUGGAAGACUACUUUGAUAAACUUGUGAGGAGGAAACUUGGAGAAACGGGUCAGUAUAUGUAUGAUUGGUUUGCUUGGUUUGUGAAGAUGCAGAACUUUGCCUACAUGGGCAUGGCAUUCCUCCUCCUACGUGUGGACACCACCCUCCACUACUGGCAUUCCAUUGGCUACAUAUAUCACGGCCUCCUGGUUUUCAUGCACGGGAUUGCGCAGUAUGUCAACCUCAUUUUUAGCAAGGCUCAGCAGAAGCUCAAGAAGAGUGCAGUGACUGCCCAUGUUGAUGAUUACACCAAGGUUCGGUUUCUAAAGACCAAAGAUGAAGGGAAACCAAGCAAAGAAUCUGACAAUCACAAAUCUGUUACAGCUUCAACAAAGACAAAUGGAGAUGUUGUAGAGGAUAAGAAGACCCAGUAGGAUGAUGAGCCAGAAUUACGGGCACAUUUGUCAGGUACUUGCAGAAAGUCGGGAUUCAGGGUGUUCAAUGUAAUGAAUGUACACUUUCUUCCUUAGCUUGUGAUUUUUCUCUCUCUCUUUUCUUUUUUAGUUUUGUUUUAUCCUUUGCUUUGAGGAUAUAUACAAUAUUUUUGUUCCAACCCUUAAUCCAAUGCCGCCGGGUAAAAAAAGUUUGGCUAGAGGACAUAAUAACAGGAAUGUUGGCACGCAUCAGCAUUUUUCCCUGAUUGUGCACGGCUGGUUCAGUAGUUUGGGAGCGAAAUUUGGCAACUAAAAGCUUUUAUUUUGCUAUGAUUUAUGAAAAUAUUAUAAUUUUGAAGGUUUACCUUCAUUAUAGGUGCUACUGCCUAAAAUCAUUAUCAUAUAAAUGAAGCCGCUACCAUCAGAGAAAAAAAAACUCCGUCUGACGAGCCAAUGGCGUGGGAAUGGUCAUGAUACCAUGCCAUCCGUUUUUCAGUCCACAACAGCCAUGGCAUGUACAUACAUGCCACCCGGUGGCUAGUGGUUAAUACUUUUUUAUACAAAAGUUAUCAUGUUUGAAAAGGACAAUAAUUACAGUGACUAUGAUAACCGGUAACUGUUCCUCCUGAAGGUUUAACCAUGUUUUAAAGACUUUUUGGAGAAAUUCUUUUAUUACCUUGUUCAGAUUUAACCCCUUGGAUCCGGUUGCAUGACAGAAAUCAUGGAGCUGAAAACCCCGGGCAGUGGGUUACCUAAGUGGCCAGCAUCCCGGGUGUGUGGCUCGUAGGCCAAGCGCACAUGAAUGCCCAUGAGCAGUGACAAGACUCUGUGCCUCCCCUUUGAAAAGUUAUUUAGCGUAAACUUUUUAUGGCUUUAUCGCCAUUUUCCAAUGUCCAUUUUUGUCUUUUGAUUUGCUGUAUCCAAAUGUCAAUUAGUUAUUUUCCUUGCACAGACUACAUAUCAUCUCUCUAUGUAGUAAAUAGCUCAGUACAAGAAGAAAAAAAUAUAUGGAACAUUUGGUUAUUUGUGUCAUAUAUCAUUGUAAUUUUCAAUUUUACAUAAUACAACCUGCACCGCCGGUCACAGCGACCAGGAAUACGGUGCACAGCAUGGAAAUGGCGUCCUCCCUUGUUCAGUCACUGAUAACGUAUGUUGCAUUCCACAUUCGUUUAUUGAUGGGAAUAAUGCUAAAGCCCCCUUCUAAGUGCCAAAUGAAUCAAAUUACACUCCGAGAGGUUUGUGCACUCGUGGGGAGUCUUCCAUCACCCUGGCUUUUGUUCUUAAUGGUUUGUUCACAUCACCCGGGCUGCGGUCCAUUUGCCUGGAUGACGGCAUGUUCACGUCACUCGGACAGCUGCCAAAGUUUUUCUUUGAUGUGACCACAACAUUAGCCGGGUCCAAGGGGUUAAGCAUCAUUCCUCAGUUUUAGAAGUAUUACUGGAGACUGGCAACUGCAAAAGGGGACAAAUUAUAUUCUGGAAGAAUUUGUUAUAAUAUAUGAUAAAGAACUAGAAAAGAAUACCUGUUCUUUCUUUUAUGAUGAGAAAUUGGAUGUUUUUAGGGUUGGUUUGUCUUUCUGUUGCAUAGUUAAGAAAUUCCUUAAAAUGUUCCAUUUCCUUCUUUUUACUGAGCAUAAGUGUUAUCAACUCACACACUUGGGAAGAUCAAGGAGUUGCUCAUUAUUGAUUUUAACUGUAGAGAAAAAAUGCACAUAACCAUGACAAGAAUAUUGGCUUAGAAGAGAUUUGAACUAAGUAUUUUCUUUCACAAUAUGAAGAAAGUACAGUAUAAUUCCAGCAAGCUAGUAUUUUGAAUUUUAGAAUCCUCAGAAGUAUAGAAUUGGCCAUCACAUGAAUAUGUAAGUUAGCUAAAGGAUUUCUGAUAUUUAAUCCUAUGGAUUUUUGUGCAUAGUUGAAUGUUCUGUUAUUUUCUGUUCAGUCUGUCACAUAUUACCUUUAUGUAUCCUAUCCUUCAUGUAACUAUGAUGAUAUGAUAUGAAUGCUUUUUAUCAUUACUGUAUGAUUUCUUUCUGGUCAUAUUUUACAGGAUUUUCAUUGUACAUGUUUACAACUUUUUAACUUGUGUAAGUGGAAAAUAACCCCUUUUUAUGAGAUAUACUCCCAUUUUCCAUUUAGUGGUGUGAAAUCCAUAUAUGUGCUACCAUGUGUGACAUGUUGAUAUUACAUAUUAUUACUGGAACACAAAUCCAUCUCUGAAAGGGCUUUGAAAUUUUGAAAUACUGUUUUAUUUUAUUUUUUAUUUUUUUUCAUUCUUUUUCUUUUUUUAAAUCAUUAUUGUGCCAGACAGCCCCAUGAAAUAGUUCUUGAUUUCUUUAUCAAAUAGUAUUAAAAAAAAUGUAAAAAGCCAAGUCUGCAUAAACAGAUGAAGCAGUCCAAGUGCUGCAUGGCUAAGUU